CUCAGUGUGACUUGCAACGUGGUGGGGUGGAGUGUUGCUGUUCUUGGAUCAACAAGUUCUUGACUGGACGUUGCAACUUGCUCAAGUUUCACGUGAGACGCCGUUACCUGCAGGACGCUCCUCACACUGUAAACCAAGCGAGAUGAUUUUGUGCUUUUAUAAUCAUCUACAACCUGGUACCAAGGUGUGGACGGCGACUUGUACGUGGGCGGCGGCUUGGGCGUGGGCGGCGGCUUGUACGUGGGCGGCGGCUUGGGCGUGGGCGGCGGCGGCAGGGAUGCAUAGUGUGGGUCAGGUUAUGGCUCGUGAGGUCCUUAAUAACGUCAACAACAUUAACUCAGCCCACUACAAUGUAUCCAGCACAGAUAUGAGCAAUGACUGGAUGCUAAUGUUAGGACGAGACCCGAUUGAGUUGGCAGGGCUUCAAGAGGGCGAUAUCCUGCCUUCCCCUGAGAGUAGUAGCUGGCAAAACAAGGAAGAGGCGCAGGAGAAGAUCUCUGUGACAGACAUGGUGAGACUGUGGCCCAAGGGAGAGGUCUACUACGAGUUCUCCACAGAGUUUUUGUUGCUGCCGCUGGAGCGUUACCUCAUCCGUCAGGUAAUGGCUAACAUCGCCAGCCACUCCUGCAUCAACUUCCGCGAGAGGACCUCCGAGCCAGACUACAUCAAAAUCAUCUUCGACAGACAAAAGUGCUACAGUCACAUCGGUCGUGUGGGCGGGAAGCAGCUGGUGUCGCUGGGAAUAUUCUGUGUCAACUGGUGGAACUUGGGCACCGUUUACCACGAGCUCUUCCAUACACUGGGUUUCUACCACGAGCACACCCGGCCAGAUCGAGACUACUACAUCGAAGUAAUGUGGAACAACAUCGCCGAUGGUCAGGCUCAGAACUUCCUCAAGCGUUCCUUCAACUCCGUCGCCCUUACUGACAUGCCUUAUGAUAUAAAAUCAGUUAUGCACUACAGUCCCUUUGCCUUCGGCAAGUGGUCCUUCCUCACCCCCACCAUCAGAUCCAGACGCAUCGGCUACAGCUUCCUCAGGGCAGGAGUGCCAUCUAAGAUCGAUUACCAGAAACUGAAUCGCUUGUACAGGUGUCAACGAAAGGGUAAGUAUGUGUUCUCCCGGCUGGACCACGCUGCAUCCUCUUCGUCAUGGUUCCACCACAACGCUUUAGAUCAGUCAGAUAUUCGUUCCUACACACACACAAGCCACCACCCGUCGCACGCUACUCCAGCAUUACCACACAAGUCACCUGUGAGAGGACUCUUGUAGCAGAUGAUCUGUCAGGAUGUUUUUCCUGUAAAUAUCUACAUCAGAAGAAUUCACGCAUAAGCUAGUCACAGACAUUGAACAAGGUUAUUCCCAGAAGCCUUUGAUGCCAUAGCUGUAUAGUAACUCAACCUCGCAGGAAUGACCAAAUGCAGUUUCUCUUCGCUGCAGUAACUGACACAUCACAUGGACCACCGUUUAGUUGUCUUCACGUCUGUCUAUCUCAGAUCUACAGUCAAUGGCAUACAAAGUAUAAUUUAUCUGGAAAGUUUCUUUUCUUACAGUAAAUCUACUGCAUGUGAUGUAGAGUGAAUUAUUCAUGAGUCAGUGAUGGUCUACAACACUUGUGAGAUUAUAACCAUGAACCAAUGAUAAUAUGAUGAUGGAGUUUAAAUAAUCUAUGAAGAUGGCAUCAGUGAGCCUUAUCCAAGACCUAGACUUUAUUCAUGAUAUACUGAAAAAAUUAUGCUUCUCGAGUAAUGCUCAAAAGUGUAGCUCAGAAUUUCCUUCUACAGUUACACGUGCUAUUAACUCCCUUCUCACUCAUUGUCGUGCAAUAACAAGGGUGAUAAUAGUAAUGAUAAGUGCUAAAAUCAGGCGUUUGAAUUUUUUUUUCUCAUGUACCAAUUUAUGCAAAAGUUAUAUCGUAAAUAAUAAAACCUGUGUAUCAUAUGGUAAGUUUCUUGGGCCAGUGUUCGUCAGCCAGUGUAACUACUGUCAGCUGCAUUAUAACUAGUAGUAUUAAGUUUAGUUGCCUUUGUAACUUUGUAAACAAAUGUCUGCUAACAUAAAUCCCAAAAUAAAAGUGAAGAUAUUA